AUGCUGGUGGGCAAUGCGAAGGAUUGGCUGGGUGCAUAUACUACGCUGCGGCUCACAGCGCGCCGUGCCGCGGACCAAGAGCCGCGGGCGCUUCCGGUGAGGGGUCGCCGCUACACUUUGGACUAUACACCAUCCAAGCGAUCAUCAUUCUAUACGUGCACCAUGCCAAGAUUCAUCAGAAGACGUCACCGGUUACGUGACGGGCAGAAUUUUCUGUCGGACACGAUGCCGACCGACUACACGUUUGACCGGCUGGCGUCGAAGCUCAAGGAGUUUCGGGCGUCGACGGACAAGCUGCGGCUAGUCCACUCCAGCACGCCGAUGCCGACUCAUUGGGCGCGGCAGCGGGAAGCGGAGCACAUGCGCGCUGCGCAGGAACGGCAGCAGGCUUCUGCGGCGGCGGCGCGGACGGCGGCUGCGGGCGAGCCGGCGCCUAAGCCGACACCGGAGACCGAGGUCGACGAGGGCAAGGCGCCGCCCGAGGGUACGUUUGCGGGGGCGCGACCGGCGGAUCUGCAGUCGCGGCUGCUGGUGCUGGACGCGAGCUUCAACCCGCCGACGCGGGCGCACGCGCACAUGGCCAAGGCGGCGGUGCACGCAGUUCUCGAGGAGCAGCGGGCGGCUGUGGCCGAGGCGGAGCGGUGCGCGGCCCUUGUCGGGUCGGUGGCCAGUGGCGGCGGCGGCGGCGGCGGAGUGGCGGCGGUCGUGCGACCCGAGACGCGCCUGGUGCUGUUGCUCGCCGUCGCCAACGCCGACAAGCCGGCCGCGCCGGCGCCCCUUGAGCACCGUCUCGCCAUGAUCUACGCGUUUGCGCGGCACCUACACGACGAUCUGCGGCGGCAGGGCGACAGCGUGCCCAUUGAGAUGGCGCUCACGUCCGAGGCCUUCUUCAGCGGCAAGGCGCACGCGCUGCGCACGGCUAGUUGGUAUCCGCACAUGCGGCCUUUUAUGACAUUUAAAAAGUGCGACGAGCGUGGGCGAAGGCUGCCAGGCAAGGCUGCAAUACCUCCGAUGGAAUUUAUCACGGGCUUUGACACGCUGGUGCGAAUUCUGGACCCCAAGUACUACAGAGACGAGCCGGAGGAUGCGGCGACAGGGGAGGACCGAAGGGGCAAGGUUCAUCAUGAUGGUGUUGCUGUGGCAGCAGAGGUCAGUCAAAACGAGGCAGACUUGAAUGAGGCUGCACAGAGUGCAAGUUGUGAGGGCAAGGGCAAGGAUAAGAUGGUGGCGGAAGAGCCAUCUGCGCAACAACAACAACAUUCAUCACAGCCAGACGACCUCACCACUAUGCCGGCGGCCAAGAGGCCGCGCAACACGCCGAUGAUGAAGGCGCUGGAUCCCUUCUUCGCCCACGCGUCGCUGCGGGUGAUGCUGCGACCCGACGACGGCCACGGAACGCUCGAGGAGCAGCGAGCGCACAUUGCCGCGCUGGCAGCUCGCGACGGGGAGAUUCGGGCGACGUCGGCGUCGGCGACGGGCGUGCGCAGCUUGGACGAGGUCGGCGGCGAUUCGGCGUGGAUGCACAAGGUGCGCGUGCUCCCAGACGAAGUCGCCGGCGGCGCGUCGGCGGGCGUGAGCAGCUCGCAGGUGCGGCGGCUCGUGCAUGACCAAGGGCCGCUGGCAGCGCAGGGCCUCGUCUAUCCGCUGGUGCUGGACUGGCUGAAGCGGCGGGAGCUGUACAGGCGGCCGCGGCCGCCCAAGGGCACGUUUGCUGACGAUGGCGGGUUGGUCGAGAUUACGGCGUUUGGGGCCUGGCGCAAGGAGGAUUUCUGUGACUGA